UUCAACUUUGCGUUGCACACCUUGAUUAACAAGAUGGCACACCUACUACGGACCAUUGGACUCCUCUUCGUCAUUUAUGCGGUAAUACUUGUUGCACCAUCGUGUGCAAAAAGGAACAGAAAAGGAAGGAAAUCCAAAGAAGGCUAUGUUCCACCUAAAAAAGUCCCUGUUCCACCAACUGUAGUCCAUGUUCCACCCAAAGAAGUCCCUGUUCCACCCAAAAAAGUCCCUGUUCCACCCACAGUAGUCUAUGUUCCACCCAAAGAAGUCCCUGUUCCACCCAAAGUAGUCUAUGUUCCACCCAAAGAAGUCCCUGUUCCACCUAAAGAAGUCUAUGUUCCACCCAAAGGAGGAGACUAUGCUCCAUCGACAGGAGGUGACUAUGCACCGCCUGCAGGAGAUGACUAUGCUCCUCCUAAGGGAGGGGACUACGUCCCUGCGAAAAAAUGCUGUGAAAACGCUGUGUUAACAAAUGGACGAUGUGUUUGUAAACCAAAUUACUACGGUUCCAGCACCCAUCCAUGUGUCCAACCAUGUUGGGAUAAAUGUGGAAUCAACACGCGAUGCGACGUAAACACUUUCAAAUGUUACUGUAAAGACGGAUUCAUCGGUGAUCCAUCCAAAGGAUGUCACGUUCCAUGUCAUGGGAAAUGUGUUGAAAACGCUUCCUGCAACCCAGAUACAGACAAAUGCGAAUGCAACGAAGGACUAGUUGGAGACGGAACCGUUAGAUGUUUCGAGCCAAGUAAAAUCGUGUUUGCAAAAGAGACCUACACCGUGUCAGAAAGUGUGAGCACGCUGACGGUUGAGGUUCUGCGUCAAGGAGGAACAAUUGGCGUCGUUGCUGUGACGUUCAAGGCAACUGAUGGUACCGCUAUACAUGGUGCAGAUUUCUUCAACAGCCACGGUACGAUCGUCUUCGGUGAAGGCGUGUCCACACAAUACAUUACCAUCUACAUUGUUGACGAUUCGAUAUACGAACAAUCCGAGACGUGUGAUUUGACGUUGGUGUCUGUCAGUGUUGGUGGCGAAAUUGGAGAACCGUCAACGACUACGAUCACAAUCACAGAUAACGAUGAUGCCUGCGGAGGAAAGUGUGGACCUCAUUCUCAUUGUGAUGUCCCAAUCCAGCAAUGUCAUUGCGACAAAGGAUAUGUUGAAGAUCCGUACCAUGGAGGUUGCACAUUACCAUGUGGUGGAAGGUGCUGCACCAAUGCAUACUGCAACACAAAAGACAACCGAUGUUAUUGUAAUGAAGGAUACUAUGGAACUCCCACAGUAAACUGUUACCAACCAUGCAAAGGUGCCUGUAAAGCCAAUGCUAUUUGUGGAAAGGACAACAAAUGUUACUGUAAGACCGGGUUUUAUGGAAAUCCAUACGAAGGAUGUUAUCCACCCUGCCGUGGUCUAUGUGGAACCAAUGCUAGAUGCGAUAUCUCGACGCAAACAUGUGUUUGCAAUGGUGGUUUCUUUGGUAACCCACUUGAGCAUUGUGACAAGGCAGCAGUGAUAGGUAUUGCACAGGCGACCUACUCUGUAAAUGAAAAUGCAGGAUUUGUAGUAAUAACAGUGACGCGAACUGGAUCAACUUUCGGAACGAUCUUUGCUUCAUGGAAAACCAGCGACAUUACUGCUACUCACGGAAACGACUAUGGCGGUGGAGAAGGUGUCAUCCGCUUUGUCGAUGGUGAGGAGUCAACGACCAUACGCAUCUUCAUCGUCAAUGAUAAGAUUUAUGAAACGGACGAGACAUUCUCUGUUUCCUUGACCCAUGUGUCAGUUGGUGGUGUGUUGGGAAUCCAUAUCCAGACAGUUGUAACUAUUGUGGAUGAUGACGAACCAUGCGGUGGACCUUGUCCACCAAAUACCCACUGUGACGAAAAAACACAAACAUGUGUUUGCAAUAAGGGCUACAUAUCAGAUCAUUAUGGAGGCUGCCAAUUACCAUGUGGAGGGAGAUGUUGCACCAAUGCUCACUGCGAUUACCAUGACAACACAUGCAAAUGUAACACCGGUUAUAUAGGAAUACCAACAGUGGCGUGUAAUCUGCCAUGUAAAGGCGCCUGCAAGGCCAACGCUUACUGUGCAUCCAACAGAUGUGUAUGUAAGACAGGGUACUACGGAAACCCGUACGAAGGAUGCUAUUUACCGUGCCGCAACCUCUGUAAGGGCAAUGCUGUAUGUGAUCUCUCGACUCACACCUGUCGAUGUAUCCAAGGCUAUUGGGGGGAUCCACUGAAAGGAUGCACAAAACCAGGAUCUUUUGUAUUCGCCCAAACGACAUACACCGUCCAGGAAAACGUCGGAAUCGUCUCUAUUACUGUAAAUAGGGUGGGAUCAAGCUUUGGAGCGGUGAAGGUAACCUGGGCUACCAAGGACGGCAGCGCUGUCCAUGGAAAUGACUUUGUGAACACAGCAGGCGCCAUCUGGUUUGCUAGUGGUGAAGUUUCCAGGACCAUUUCAAUCUUCAUAAUAAGUGACAAUAUAUUCGAAAAGGAGGAAUCUUUCACUGUUUCCCUGACAUCGAUAAGCAUUGGUACACUAACAACAUCUACGGUGGCGACCAUCAUUAUCAAGGAUGACGACCCUUCAUGUGGUGGACCGUGUCCUGCUCAUUCCCACUGCGAUGUAGUGAGCCAGAAAUGCGUGUGUGACCAUGGGUAUCAUUUAGAUGCCAAUUACGGAGGAUGUAUUUUGCCGUGUGGAGGGAGAUGCUGUGCUAACGCCUACUGCGACGCUCAUUACAACCAAUGCAAAUGUAACACAGGUUUUAUUGGAAUCGGAACUAUUGGUUGUUACAAACCAUGCAAAGGUGCCUGUAAACUGAACGCCUACUGCGGAAAGGACAACAGAUGCUGCUGCAAGCCGGGUUUCUAUGGAGACCCGUAUGACGGUUGUACAGAGGCAUGUAAAGGUCUGUGUAAAGAAAACACUCGCUGUGAUAUCCCCACUCAGACCUGUCAGUGCUUACCUGGCUUCUACGGUGACCCUCUGAUGGGAUGCGGAAAACCUGGUCAAUUUGUAUUUGCCAAGUCCAGCUAUUCUGUAACCGAAGGCGCAGGGUCAGUGACGGUGACAGUGAACAGGAUUGGAUCUAGUUCUGGUGGCGUUGCUGUCACGUGGGCUACAACAGAUAUAUCUGCCACGAGUCUCGUUGAUUAUUUUAACACCCAGGGAGUACUAUUUUUCGCCGAUGGCGUCAUAACCAAGACCAUCACCUUUACAAUUUAUGCCGAUAAGGUUUAUGAAGUAGACGAACAAUUCCAGGUUACUUUACUCAGUGUCGUUCCAGCUGGAGGACUUGGAUCAUUAACUAUAACUACUGUCACCAUUAUUAACGAUGAUGCGGCAUGUGGAGGACCAUGUCCCGUGAAUUCUUACUGCGACAAAAUCUCCCAAAAAUGUAUUUGCAAUAAAGGAUACAUUCUUUUCCAUGGAUCAUGUGUCAUUCCAUGUGGUGGAAAAUGCUGCGCCAAUGCUUACUGUAGUCACAAGGACAACCAAUGUCAUUGCAACUCCGGUUACAUCGGAACUCCAACACAAAAAUGUUACAUACCAUGCAAUAAUGCCUGCACAGAUUACGCUUAUUGUGGAAAAGAUAACAAAUGCCAUUGCAAGACGGGAUAUUACGGAAAUCCUUACUCGAAAUGCCAUUUACCUUGCCAUGAUCUGUGUAAGAAGUACUCCAAAUGCGACCUUGUUACCCAGCAGUGUGUGUGCCUUCCAGGAUACUUCGGUAACCCCAAAGAAGAAUGUCAUGGAGCAAGUGUAUUUGUACUUGUCCAGUCCAGCUACGCCGUGUCGGAAAGUAUUACUCAAGUGGUAAUCCAAGUUAAACGGACCGGCUCUAGUUCUGGUAGUGUAAAGGUAACGUGGACUGCAACGGAUCUGACUGCCAUCCACGGCCAAGACUACGCCAACUCAGGGGGUAUAUUAUACUUCAACGAUGGCGAUGUAUUCAAGACUAUUACCAUUCAUAUACUUAACGACGAGAAAUUCGAGGCUGAUGAACAGUUCGCUGUGACGUUAACUCAUGUUACUGCGGGAGGCGUGCUUGGAGUUCUGCGAAAAGCGACGGUCACUAUUGAGAAUGACGACAAACGUUGUGGAGGCAAAUGUGUGUUCAAUGCUCACUGUGACGAAGCAAGCGACAAAUGUAUUUGUAACAAAGGACUUGUGGGAGAUGGAACUGUGAAAUGUGACCUUCCAUGUGGCGGGCAUUGCGGGGCCUACCCACACUCUCACUGUAACUACAAGACUAACAAAUGUGAGUGUGACGACAAGUACCAUGGUGAUCCCUACCACGGAGGAUGUAUAUGCACAAAUGGGGGACAUACCGGUGGCAGUUACGGUGGAGGUAAUACCGGGGGCAGUUAUGGAAGUACUGGCGGAAGCCAUACCGGUGGCAAUUACGGUGGAGGUAAUACCGGUGGCGGUUAUGGAAGUACCGGUGGCAGUUAUGGAAGUACCGGCGGAAGUCAUACCGGUGGCAGUUAUGGAAGUACCGGCGGAAGUCAUACCGGUGGCAGUUAUGGAAGCACCGGCGGAAGUAAUACCGGUGGCAGUUACGGUGGGGGUAAUGCCGGUGGCAAUUAUGGGCCUGCCGGUGGAAGUCAUACCGGUGGUAGCUAUUGAAGUACCGGCGGUGGUUACGGCGGAGGCCAUACCGGUGAAAAUCAUGGAGUUGAUAACAAACCUAGCAGUCAAUAUUGAGAUAUUUUAAAUCAAUCCAUCUUGUCGAAGUAUCAUAUCUGUAAUAAAUACCGAUUGCAAUUAA